GGUAAAUCAUUAUCAGCAGGAGAGAAAGAAAACAUUUUGGCUGGACAUACACUUUGAUUAGUAUAAAUCAUGUGGGCUACAUACAGAGUGCAGAGUUCAGGAUUACACUACGUACAGAGUUCAGGAUUACGUUGCAUACAGAGUACAGAGUUCAGGAGUGAGUUAUGUGUAGAGUUCAGGGGUGCUCUAUGCAGGGUUUAAGGGUACGCUGCAUACAGGCUUCUGGAAUGCAUUAUGCAGAGUGCAGAGUUCAGGAUUACACUACGUACAGAGUUCAGGAUUACACUACGUACAGAGUUCAGGAUUACGCU